AUGUAUUUAUUGUCUUUGUUGUUCCUCUUCUUGCUGAUGUUGCUUGGCUCCCCCUCGGCAUUGACACGACGUCUCUUAGGUGCGUUAGCGAUGAUAAAUCGGCCGCCGGUGCAGCGAUUGCAGACAACAGCGGAUAAAGGUCGCACUGUGCCGUUGCCUCAGUGUGUCUGUGCGAAUUGUUUUUCGCCGCUGAUGCUCCCGCGGCCGGAUGCGACGGGGACACCGUUUCAGUGCCCCCAGUGCCGCAUGGCUGGAGUGGAUAUGAAGGUCCUGUACACGAGGCGUGCCUUCCCCGCUGAGCACAGUACGAACUGA